AGGGGUGGAGGGGUGGGCGAGGAGGACGGACGGACGGACGGACGGACGGGGUGAGAGGAUGUGAAGAUGGCGGAGCUGCAGAUGCUGCUGGAAGAGGAGAUCCCGGGGGGGCGCCGGGCCCUGUUCGACAGCUACACGAACCUGGAACGAGUGGCCGAGUACUGCGAGACCAACUACAUCCAGUCAGCAGAUAAGCAACGAGCCCUUGAAGAAACCAAAGCCUACACAACCCAGUCAUUAGCAAGCGUAGCCUAUCUGAUCAACACUUUGGCCAACAAUGUUCUCCAGAUGCUGGAUAUCCAGGCAUCCCAACUUCGACGCAUGGAAUCUUCAAUCAACCAUAUUUCACAAACGGUGGACAUUCACAAAGAGAAAGUUGCUAGAAGAGAAAUUGGUAUCUUGACUACAAACAAAAACACCUCAAGAACUCACAAAAUCAUUGCACCAGCUAACUUGGAGCGACCAGUUCGCUACAUCAGGAAACCUAUUGAUUAUACAAUUCUAGAUGAUAUUGGACAUGGAGUGAAGUGGUUGCUUAGAUUUAAGGUCAGCACACAGAACAUGAAGAUGGGUGGGCUGCCUCGUACUACACCACCCACCCAGAAGCCUCCAAGUCCACCCAUGUCAGGAAAAGGAACUCUUGGACGUCACUCUCCGUAUCGUACUCUGGAGCCGGUCCGUCCUCCGGUGGUACCAAACGACUACGUGCCUAGCCCCACGCGCAGCAUGGCUCCCUCACAGCAGAGCCCUGUUAGAACAGCUUCUGUCAACCAGAGGAAUCGAACAUACAGCAGCAGUGGGAGUAGUGGAGGAAGCCACCCAAGUAGUCGGAGCAGCAGUCGAGAGAACAGUGGAAGUGGAAGUGUGGGUGUUCCUAUUGCUGUUCCCACACCAUCUCCCCCCAGCAUCUAUCCAGGUCACCCAGUUCAGUUCUACAGCAUGAACAGGCCUGCAGCUCGACACACACCCCCAACAAUAGGGGGAUCUUUGCCAUAUCGGCGUCCUCCUUCCAUCACAUCACAGACAAGCCUUCAGAACCAGAUGAAUGGAGGACCAUUUUAUAGCCAGAACCCAGCAUCCCUUGCUCCUCCUCCCCCCUCCAUCCUACAGGUAACUCCACAGCUACCACUAAUGGGAUUUGUGGCCAGAGUUCAAGAAAACAUUUCAGAUACUCCUCCCCCCCCACCGCCUGUGGAUGAGCCAGUGUUUGAUGAAUCUCCACCUCCACCCCCCCCUCCAGAAGAUUAUGAGGAGGAGGAAGCAGCUGUGGUGGAGUACAGUGAUCCAUAUGCUGAGGAGGACCCUCCUUGGGCACCAAGGACCUACUUAGAAAAGGUGGUGGCGAUCUAUGACUACACAAAGGACAAGGAAGAUGAGCUCUCCUUUCAGGAAGGUGCCAUCAUUUAUGUCAUCAAGAAAAAUGAUGAUGGCUGGUAUGAGGGGGUCAUGAAUGGAGUGACGGGGCUUUUCCCAGGGAACUACGUGGAGUCCAUCAUGCAUUACUCAGAGUGAAGACCAGAGGACAGAACACUGCAUCUCUUGCUGCAGGAGCUGUCAAGGCUUCCCAGAUCUCCACCAGCCUCUGGGGCCUCAUCCAGUAUAACUGAAUGAAGGAUAAUUUAACAACCACUGUUUUGUUUUGUUUUGUUUUUUUUCUUGUUCUCUCCCUUCCCCCAUUAUAAAACAAGAGUAAUUUGUUUGAACGCAAACAGCUCUUCCUGCUGCCAGCAGAGGCUGUCCUGAGCCAUCUUAUUUUGAAUUAAGCUGACCCACUCAGAUCUAACAAAACUCAUUGAGUAGCUGAUACUUCACUCGAACUCUGACUCUUGACAGGCUUUGGGAUCUGUCUCAGGAAUCAUGUGUGCCCUCGUGGCACUACUUUUGGCAGCAGUGCCUGGCGCUUGGGAUGUCCUGGAUGCUUGCAGUGAAGGGUCACUGGCCAGAGGACGUCUGUCCUGUUUCUACCCUACACUCCUGUGCAGCUGGAAGAACUGUUGUGUGCUAGUAAACAGUGGGGUAUCUACACACAGCCAUUCCUGUAACUGACUUCCAGACAGUGGGAUACAUCUUAAGCAUUAACACUUCUGCAGCUGCUUGCACACAUAGGCUGACACAGGGGCACACAGGGCUGGCUUUCAUUCACUCACCUUUCAGUUUAGACAAUUAAGAUGGCUGCAGCCCAGAGGACCCCCGCCCCCAUUUCAUCAUCUUUUGAAUGCCAUAGAUUAUGUUUUUUGUUCUGCACUGAUGUACACAUGCUCCUCUCUGCAAUGAGCUACUCGUCAUGGGUGCUGCCAAUUUAAACAGAACUCAGAUGCCAUUGAUGGUGAAGGCAAGACAAAGUUUACAGGUCCUCCUGGGGUCUGAGGAUAAACUCUAGGGGCCGUGAUCUAAGGUUCAGAUCUACUCAUGCCUGCUUGCACUACAGAUACUUACCCCUAGUUUUAGUCUUAUGCACAAUAUAAUCUUAACAAUCCAAUCAGGUGUUGUAAAUUGGCUGGUUUUUACUUAGCCUGUGUACUGUGAGAGCCCUGUGCAGAGGCAGGACAAACAGAAAUUGUUGUCUUCACUUCUGUUGCCAAAAUCUCUUCAGUGGUCGCAAAAAGGGCUUUGUGUGUACUGGUUUCCCAUGGAAAUCCAAGCAGUAACUAGUUGUAGUCCUAGCUCUUCCCUGAGCCCUCUCCAUUGUUUAUUCUAAAUAGGUGUUUUGAGUUGUACUGGUGGAUCUGGGGUGGAGUAACACCAAGUGAAGGCUUUGUAGCCCUGUGUGUUGAUAGUUUGCUUUUUUGAUCUCCAAGUCAAAAAUGCUGCUCAGUGGUUCUGCCUAGCAGGUCAGCAUCAAGUGAUGGCAGUACUGGUCUGCCCUUAGGAAGGACAGAACAAAGUUACUUUGGGCAUGUGAUACAUUAACAGAGCAAACCCAUUAAACUUCCUGUUGCAUUCCUGAUAACCUGCAAAUUGUAUCAUGAGAGCCUCCUGGGCCAGGUCAUCUUCCCAGAAAACUUUUGACUGUUGCCUGGCUGUGUUCCAGCUGGUACCAACAGUAGCUUGUCAAAGGUGCUGUCAUAUGCUGCAGCAAUCUGCUGAAGCCUGUGUGAAACACAGAGCAGCUCACAAGAGACUCCUCCUGGGGCUGAGUUUGUGAUGAUUUUGGCAAUGGUAAAGGUAAUUGACCCUAUCUCCUUGCUUAGUAAUUAGUGCAGUAUAAGAACAGAGGUGCAAGUUUGGUGCAAACCUGGGCUGGGAGGUGCCAUAGCUGCUUACUGGGGAAUAAAAAAGAAACAGGUGAGGUGUGUUUGUAGGAUAUGGGUGAAUGUGAUCACCUGCUGUGAGACUGAAGAAGAGUGUAUUAACUCUGUGACUGUAAGGAACUAGUGUAGUUGAAGCUUACAGGAGGAACAACUGAUGAGAAGACAUGUUACCUUCUCCUCUGCUUAAUCCACAGCCAUGUAGCCAAGACACUCAUCUUCUUUCUCAAAACUGACAUCAUUAUUGUUUGGGACCCUUCCUGCCUCUGUGAAAACUUCUGUCUUGCAGCAAGACAAACAGAAGCAACCAUGUUGAGUUCCCUCAACCCAUUGUUCUCUGUAACCACAAGCUGUGCAGUCACAGUUUCUGGUGUCACGGGGCAGGUCUGCACUUUUUGCACAGGGAGCUGGUGUUUGCAGCCUGGUUAGCAGUGCAAGUGGUUGCACAGGAGUAUUGCACAAGGCUUUGGUGCACUGUGAGCUGAGUCAGAGCUUUCUUGGUUUCUCUUGCCCUGAGCAUGUUUGUGGUGCUCAAACAAAAACACCAAGUCAGGGCAGCUUAGUGAGUUCCUGAGAGCUGAACUUCUCUCCCUGUGCACCCGUGCGUCACCUGGGAGAUCAGGCAUUACUGAAAUGUGUCUUUAACUCAGUCUGUGUAAAGGGCAUGUGCUUGAAUAAUUCUGACAGGUGGGUGGGGACAGUGCCUGCUUCCACUGUGUGUGAUGUGCACCCAUGUCAAGCUUGUUCAGCUAUUUGUCUUACAAGUUUUCUGAGUUGUUGGAACUCGGAAAACUGCAGAGCAGUGUGAACUCUGGGAAGAGAUGAAUGCUUGCCAAAGCUCAGCACAGUAGAUGAGGCUGCAAAACCUUUAAAGUAAACUGCUUGAAGCUUCUUGAGCUUUGGUCUGAUGGGCAGGGAUUAGUUUGGUUCCUGCUGAUAGUAUGUGGAAUUGUUUAUCCUGCAAGAGGUUCUGUGGAUGGAAGUUUUGGGUCAUCUUGUGGUUUUAUGCUUUAUUAUGCAGUACUUUUAUGUAAAGAAAUUCAUUGAGUUUCAUGGGUACUUUAUAUUUUGUAGGAAUUUUAAUUCUGUGGCUUGUUUGGGGAUGAUGUGAUGUAAUGGUCAUAGACAAGGCCAAGGUAAACAAGCUAUGUAUAUUAAUGUUACAUAGAGUGCAUGCUAGUAAAGUCAGUGAGGGUUGCAUUUCCAGUUUUGUCCUUUGUAUUUCUUCUGCAAGACCUUUCCCCCCACAUCCCUUUUUAAUUUACAUGCUUACUUUAAAAGGAGGUGGUGGGGGAAGGAGAGGAAACACCUUGAUAUUUCACAUAGGUGCACAACAUCUUUUCAGAGUUUUGCUGGCACAGCUGGAAGGUGUUUAGCAUCACAGUGUGUAUGCCUGUGCCAGAUGUGGGAAAGGAGACACUCCAGAAUAACCUAGUGAGCGCUGGAUGGCUCAAGAGGAUGUUUCUCCCUUUGUGAGAGCUGCCUUAGCCCAACUGUCUUCAUUGUGCACAGAAAUCAGUCAUCAUCCUUUGGCAGUGUAUUUUGCCAUGGUUUGCUGUAUCAGAUUUCUUCCUUGCUCUUGGCCCCAGGGACAAAGCUGUUGGCUACAGCUGCCUCUCCACCAUGUGCCUGUGUGAGAGAGGGCCCAGUGCUGAGCAGGUUAUUUUGGUGUCUCCUUUCCAGACUGAGAAAAGUGGCUGAGUUUUCAUGUGUCUCACUCAUUUGUCUCCCAUCAUCCACUCCCCCCUUCCCUUUUCACUUUUCCUCUCUCCCCCAAUAGUGGAUUCAUGUUCUUUGUUUCUCUCACUGGCUGUUGCAGCAGAGGGCUAAGAGAGGCAGAAGUGGCAAGCAGAAAAUUUUGUGCUUGAGCAUCGUGGUGGUGUGCCCAUGUCCACUGACUGGAGUAGGCACUGGAGAGCUGAAGCAAUGUCUGAAGACUGCUGGCUUGAUGGGCUGACAGGGGCAGGCAUGGGUGUGCUGAGGAUCCAUUGCUCUCACUGGAGGUCAGAUAGAACAGUGUGUCCUGGCAGAUGGCAGAGCUUGGUGUGUGUUACCAGCAGACUCAGCUUGUCCUUGUGGUGAGUUGAAUUGGGUGUUCCUGAAAAUGGCUGCAGAUUGCUGCUGGUUUGAACCACCACUCCCUUCAGUCUCAGUGGUCUGUGGCUGGGGGGCUUACCAGAGGGUGCCAGGAAGUUUUAGAGCCUGCCAGUUCUUCCUAGGGCAGUUUGUUCUCCUUUUACAGCUCCUGGGCAUUUUCUUCUUUUGCUGCUGAGGGUUCUUGGUGACAGCCAAAGUUGACACUGGGACUAAAGCAGCUUCUGAAAAGUGGCAUUUUUUUAUAGGCAUUUCAGUUAAUUGAGGAAAGAAAAAGUGGCAGCAGCAGGACUGAUGGGCCUUUUCUGGCAAGGGUGGGCUGUCUGGCUGGUGUGUAUGUGUGCAUCAUUGACUGAAGGUAGAGGAGGGAGGGUAGUGCUGAUAUGAACUUUUGUAAUUGUCUUGUGCAUCUCCCACCUAUGUUUGAUGUUGACUUAAUGCUGUGCUCUGCACAGCAACUUCCACUUUUCUAGCAAGUGCUGCGUAUGUGCCUCUCUGCUGGAAAUGAGCCCUCUUUUUUCUUAGUUACUGCUCUGAGCUUCAAGCAUAAAUCAAAAGCAGUACUUUCAAGUUUUCCCUUCUGGAAAAGAUGGGACUUUAUGCAGGAACACUUUACAGUGUUUUUCCUCUGAGAGGACAGCAGGACAUCUAUGUGAAACAGGAGGCAUCUGUAGUCUCAUUGGGGUAACUUGUUGGCAGCUGCUAGAGGAUGCUGCUGUAAAGAUGCCAGUGCUGUGGCUUCACUGGGAAUGAUAGUUGCACUGGGAGUACAGUCACUGAUUGCACACUGCAGCAUUUCAGAAAUUAUUACAAACCCUAUGCAGAGACUUCAGUUCCUAUGUUGACAACAGUGGCAGUGAAAACUUAAAGCACUGUUGUUGCAUUCACUAACUCAAGUGUUCACAACCCUAAUCUAGAAAAGAGGGUGCUGUUAACUGAGCAUGAGCAGGAAGCAUGAUGAACUAUAGCUUAUAUAUGGCACCACUUUCAAGAGUGUACUGUGCUUGCAGGUAUAUUCAUCUGCCCCAUCUCUUGCCAUCUCUGUUAGGCACUGCCAAAUUAUGCAGUGGUCAGAAUAGCACAAGAAGACAACAGUUUGUAGGUGGUUCUUUCUCCCCCCCCCCCCCCCCCAGUAGCUGAAGUUGGUGUGUAGUGACAGUCCUAUUGGAAGAAUUGUGGGACCCCCCACUUCAUGUCCAUGGAAGGAUUAGUGAAAGCUUGAUGUGGCCAAGGUUUGCCAACUGCUGUUACAAAUAAAUCACAGCCCAUGGCGUUUUACUGCUUUCAUUAAAAAAAAAAAAAAAGAAAUCCAUGUGUUUUGUGCAAUCUCCUGUCCAUGCAGGAAGUGUUUGGGUUUUUUGUUCCUUUGGUACUCUAAACAUUAAUUUUAUUAGCGCCUUUGCUAUCUGCAAGAUGUACUACAAAACAAUAAAGUCAGCAGCAGCCUCUUGUCCAGAGGUAAGCCUACACCCAGCAUCCUGCUGAACACCACCGUGGCAACUGCUGAAAUGUGUGCAGUACCUUUGUUCCUGUUUCUCUUAAAACCGCAAAAGAAUCCUUCCAGUAUUGACUGCUGAGGAAGAGCAGUGUACAAACUCAUUUCCAUUACAGCGCCUUGCUAAAGUGCUGACAUGUCUGAGAUUUUUUCUGUAAAGAACAAGUGUGUCUUUUCACAUUUGAAAAAGUGUCUUUUGCAACUUGCAUGGACAAGUAGUUUCUAUGAAUUCUCUGGAAAUGUCAGUGUCUAACAUGGAUUUUGUCCAAGCACUUUUGUCUGAUAACAGAUACUGCAACCCACCCUCUGUGGUUUGCAGCCCGAGGAGAAGCACACUGUGCUUUGGCUGUUGGCCCUGCUGAGGCAGUGGAGGAGUGCAGAGCCCACGGCAAAUGACAAAGCCAAGAGGACUCUGAGGAGCUGUGUGCCGCCAGUAACAUUUUAUUGUGUGUGCCAUUUGAACCACCUUCCAGUGAGUGCAAAACCCUAUUUUUACAUUUUUUUAAUUGUACUUGGAAUAACUGUUGCUGUGUACUAAACCCUCUUGUUACGAGCCCUAAAUAAAAAGAACAAAGCACACACCAUGUGUUCUGUGAGCA